AUGUUGAGAAAGACUCUCCAUUCAGCCCUAAGACAACGUUGUCUACGCACACCAACAUCAUCAUGGAUGAACAAUAUACUCUCAUCGAGGUCCAAUCAUAACACACCAUUCAUGAUGAUGGAGAUCAAAUUAUAUCCGGAUUUACUAUCUCAACGAUCAGAAUGGAUGACUCACCAUCAAUUUAGAUCUUUUCAUCAGAGCCUCCGAUCGGAACAUGAUGAUACAGCUACUCUUUCAUCAUCCAAUCAACAAGAUCUUGUGGAUUCCAACAACGAUCAUCACUCUACUCGUGAUGAUGUCCGAUUUCAAGAGAAACAAGUGAGGUUCCGUAAUGCCUUGUUAUCAUCAGUCCUCCGUCAGAGAAAUCGGGACGUUAAGUUUUAUUAUACAUUAUUCGCAAUUCUUGGAAGUGUGGGUUCCAUAGGCUUUGAAGUCUUAUUUAGAGUGUUGGAAAUGCCGUAUAUAGGUGCACUGUAUGCAGCCUCUUUAUUCGGUUAUUUGCUCGUUCAGAGAACUAUGGCACUCUAUUCGAAAGGUUCCUUCCUUGCGAAAAGUAUUGGAGCUGUCGAGAUUUUCGAAAACGAAACAUGUCCUGAAAAAUUACGAGUCUAUCAAACGGUGAAGGAAAUUGCAAAUAGUAUUCAAUUGAAGAUGCCUGCUGUGUGUUAUAUUGAAUGUGAGGAACCUAAUGCAUUUGCAUGUGGAUAUCAUGUGGAUUGUGCAUGUGUGACAGUUACUAGCGGUCUCGCAAAAUUACUGAAUGAUAUGGAAUUGAAGAGUGUGUUAGCUCAUGAAAUUGGGCAUGUGAUUAAUGGAGAUAUGAAAACUGGUACUUUGAUUUCCGCAAUGAUUGGUGCUUUUACACUGGGUCACAAAUUUGCUCGAAAUAUUACAUCAAAAAACCGCAAGAAUGACACGAAUAAUAGUAGAUCACAAAACAAGAAUGCGGUACAAGCCGAAAAUUUAAUUUUACUUUUAUCCAUGACCACAUUAAUUGCAGGAAGAAUCAUGGAGUUGGCCAUUUCCAGACAUCGAGAAUAUUCUGCUGAUGCAAUUGCUUCUGCAUUCACUCAUCCUUAUCAUUUACGUGAUGCCCUUCAAAAAAUCAAUAACUAUCAUUCCACUCCAAAGAAACAUAUUGAAGGUGGCAAAGAGUCGAACAAACCAACAUCACUCACAGAAUUGCCAAGAUAUGAAUCCAUGGCUCACUUGUACAUUUAUAACGGACUUGAAUCGCCAGGUUCUUGGAUCUCCACUCACCCUUCCACUGCAGAAAGAUUGAAUUCAUUGGAGUCCAUUGCAAGUUGGAAUGUUGAGGAUUUUUACAAGCUGACUAUGGGCUCUUCAGCAAUGAAAGACCAACGUGCAAAACUUUCUCUUUUCGUUGUUAUUUCAGCUUACUUGAUCAUUGUUGUUGCAGUUAUUGCCUACAAUUCAGAAAUGUUGGCACCUUUUACAGAACAAACCCUUUCACACAUUCGACGAGACAUGUCAUGGUUGUACAAGUUUGUGAAUGAAAAUAUCCUUCAAAGAAAUAAAUAA